AUGUCUGUUGGGUACAAGCUUCUUAGCGAUUACGACCCUCAUGUUCUAAAUCCCGCUUUCGACCUCGACGGGAAUUCCUUGGACGGCAACCCAAAUUCUGUUUUGGACACCAACUACUCCGUGCCUUCCAACGCGGCUCCCAUCCCUACCAAAGAGAGCCCAACUGUCUACACGCAGAUCUCACCACCGCCGCGCUCUAGCCUCUUCGUUGUGUCGUCGCUUGUUGCAGGAUCUGAUCGCAACGCAGCCGCACCCGACGACCAUCACUUCACUCCUAGAACCAUCGACUCUCGUCCACGCAAGAAGAGAACCGUCAACCAGUCAACUUCAGCUGGCGCUCCUCCAAACUUCGCUCCCUUCGCUCCUUUCAGCUCACCAAUCACACCAUCUUCAUUCAAUCUGCCAAUCACAACAGCCUCCGACUCGUACACACCCACAGCGGCAGCAUCACCAGUCCCAUCUUCCAGCAAGAUCACCAAACCCAAACCCAAGACCGCGAUGCCUCUAGCGAAGAUCACUACAGCCAACGGAUCGACUCGCAUCGCUGGCCACGCCCCAGAGCUCGACACUGCUCCUCCAGUCACCGCUCGCCUCCCACCAUGCGAGAUGAGCGCCGCCGAGCUCCUUUACCUCUUCCCCAACCACACCCAAUGGCCAAAGGUCAUGCUCCGUCUCCUUGGCAGUGGCUGGACAGUCUCCGACAUGGCCAGCGCCGCAAUGUACGCCCGCGCCAUCGUCGACGACAAAGUCCACAAGCGUCGCUGCGCCGCUAUGCGGUAUCAGACGUCUGAGGCUGGGCGGGCUGAGUUCAAUGAUCCGACUUGGACGCAGACGAAGGCGGCUCCUGGUCAGGUGUCUGUGGUGACGGACUACGAUGUCUCUACCUACAUCCCACGCCACAGGAAGCACCUCAUCACCAUCAAGCUUCUAGACGUCGCUCGUGGGGUGCAAUGGUGGCCAGCAACGUCCGAUCGUGGGAUCGUCAGCCAAGUCGUCCGCUUUGCCCGCGACAACCCUGUUCUCUGCGUCGACUUCACCACCGACGACAUCCCGACUGUCGCUACACAACAAGGCUUCGUCAUGCCGCGCGAUGCCUCUCGCAGCGACUGGGACACCCUAUGUCUCCACAACUUCCGCACUGCACUCAACAGCGUGAAGACGAGGAUGGCGAAGGGCACGUUGUAG